AAUUAUUCUAUUCGUCAUGCUCCAUUUUAUAUGGGGAAGUAUUUGUUGGCUUUCUUGAGCGUCUGGGCGAUUUACUUGGUCUUUUUGUAUCAUCGAUUCUUUAGUCCCUUGAGGCAUCUACCGCAGCCAAAGGGCACGAGCUUUAUCAAUGGGCAUUGGGCAGAGUCAGUCAGUCAGCCCGCUGGAUUGCCAUUCAGACAUUGGUCAAGGACGAUUGAAAACAAUGGGUUGAUCAGAUACAAGCAUUUGUUCAACCAAGAGAGACUCGUGGUCACCAAUCCUGAAGGUCUCAAAGAGGUCCUCGGCCAAAACAGCUAUGAUUAUGUCAAGCCUCAUCUCCUCCGCGCAAUGGUCGGCAAAAUUCUGGGCUAUGGGCUGUUGCUAUCAGAGGGAGAUGUCCACAAGAUGCAAAGGAAGAACUUGAUGCCAGCAUUCAGCUUCCGUCACAUCAAGGAACUAUAUCCCGUAUUCUGGAGCAAAGCACAGGAGCUAGUCCAUGGCAUUGAAAAGGAACUCAAAGAGGAGUCUACCUCAGAGAUCGACAUUGUUGACUGGGCAAGCCGAGCCUCUCUGGACAUCAUUGGCUCUGCAGGAAUGGGCCAUGAAUUCAAGUCUCUCGCAGAUCCCAGCAUCGAAGAUACCAUGAAGAUGUAUGGAUCAAUGGUGAAGCAGAGCCGCGGUGCCAAGCUCUUGACGGUUCUUCAACUGGUACUCCCCUCCAUCAUCACAGACUAUCUACCAUUUCAGCGAAAUAUGGGUGUUUUGGCAGCGUCGAGAGCUGCGAGAGAGACAUCUCAGCGACUCAUCAACGCAAAGAAAGUUCAGAUGGCUGCCAAGGAGAAGUUAUCCCCAGAUAUAAUUUCUACGGCACUUGGGUCUGGUCAUUUCACGGAUGAAGGGCUCGUUGAUACGAUGAUGACAUUUUUGGCUGCUGGGCACGAGACCAGUGCUGCAGCGCUCACUUGGACAAUUUUCCUGUUGGCAAAGAACCAUGAUGUUCAGGAUCGCCUUCGAGAGGAGAUCCGGCAGAAUGUUGAUGGUCUUACUGACGAUGUUGACGCUAAGAAGCUCGAUGGGCUCUCUUAUCUCCAUGCAGUCUGCCAAGAAUCACUAAGGCUCUACGCACCAAUCCCCUUCACCGUCCGCGAUGCUCUCAAGGACACUCAAAUCCUCGGAACAUUCGUCCCCAGAGGCACAAUGGUUAUUCUCUGUCCAUGGGCUAUCAACAGAGCCCACGAACUCUGGGGUCCUGAUGCAGAUGACUUCAACCCUGAGCGAUGGAUGGCACCAGGACAAGCCAACUCGGGCGGCUCAAAGAACAACUACGCAUUCCUGACAUUUCUGCACGGUCCUCGAGGCUGCAUUGGCCAGAAGUUCUCUCUGGCUGAACUCAUGGCUCUUACAUGCGCAUUGGUAGGGAGAUACAGGUUUGACAUAGACAAGGACUACGAGGUACGGGAUAUCACGGAUGGGAUUGUGGCUAAGCCGAGUAAGGGACUGAAAGUCUCUGUGGAGGAAGUCCACGGUUGGCCUUCAGCUUUCUCGUAUUCUUCACUCUUCAUCCAAGCAAUCAUGUCGAUAGCAGACGGUUCCUACGCUCGAGGCGAUCUUCUGAACGGUUGUAAGGACCUCAUUCCAGGCCUUCAGAAUGCCUACGGUUAUGUUCCCAGUCUAGCGGCUGGUAUCGUCUUUUGUCUUAUCUUUGCCGCUACGGGGAUUUAUCACAUCGUUCGAUCGUUCCAGAAGCGAAAAGCCACUUCGUACCUACUAGCCAUUUCUUCGUAUAUCGAACUUAUCGGCUGGAUUGGUCGAACGUGGUCGUCGAAAUGCGCAUACAACAAGAUUGCUUUUCUCCUUCAGAUCACUACCCUCGUCGUCGCCCCCAUCUUCGUCGCUGCCGCCAUCUACGUCACGCUGGGCUACCUCAUCAAAGCGGUCGGUCCUCAAUAUUCUGUCAUCAGACCUAAGCUUUACCUUUGGAUCUUCCUCGUCGUUGAUGUCUUGGCUCUUCUGAUUCAGGCCGGCGGCGGCGGUCUGGCUUCGGGAGCAGCCAACAAAGGCAAAGAUACCAAGCCAGGCGCCAACCUUAUGGUCGCUGGUAUCAUCUUCCAACUCGUCAGCAUGACUGGCUUUUGCAUUCUCUUUGCCAUAUUUGUCUUGAGAACCCGAGGCCUAGAGCUCGUCAAGGGCCAACGCUUCGUCAUCUACGCCACCAUCAUAUCCGUCGUAUUUGUCUACAUCCGAUGCAUCUACCGAACGGUCGAACUCCUCGAAGGUUGGGAUGGAAAGCUGAUGAAAACAGAGGGAUACUUUAUUGGUCUUGAUGGUGUUUGUAUUGCAGUCGCUAUUCUUAUCUUUUGUAUCUUUGACCCAGCUGUGCUACUCGAUCACGAGAAGGAGCCUGAGCUUUCUUUCAACGAGCUUAACACUGUUUCCACAAAGUGAUACUUUCAUGGAGUUGGGAUUACAGAUUGGUGUAGUCAUAUGACAAAUGGCUAACAACAAGGCACAGUGCAUCUUGUUGCUGCAAUAUUUAGUUAAUAAUAAAUGGA